UUUAAGCCUAUAUAAAGCAUAUGAACUACAUAUCAUAUACUAAUGUUUUCAAGAUAAAAAAGAAGAGUGAUCAAUGGCUAAGAAUAGUGCAGCACUUGCAAUUGCAAUGUUAAUGAUUUUAGUAAUUACUUGUUCUGGUGCGAUAGAUGAAUUUCAUGAAACUAUUCCUGAAGAGAUUUGGACUACAUCUUAUUAUAUUGCAUCUGGCUCUCUAGAAUACUGUGCCAAGGAGUGCACGAUACGCUAUAAGAACAAUUUGAAAAUGAAGAAAGAAUGUGUUAAGAAUUGCAUUAUCCGCAAAUGCAGUCAACUUUUUCCGACAGAUGAAACAAAACAGAUCGAAUGCACUGUCCGUCUUGUUGCUCAGUACAACAAGAAAUUCUUUGUUAGGGAUCCGAUGGAUUUCAACAACAAUUAGCCAAGAGAGGAUAAGGCCUGCAAAAAGCAUACAUAGUUAAAGAUUACGAAGAUUUCUAAAUCCAAACACAAUCUUGACGCAUCCAAAUAUUUGAAACCCUCCACCGUGCGUUAACUAUAUGUACAUCCAAAGUAUUUUUUAUUUUUCAUUUCUAUCGUCAACUAAAAACCAAACCAAACCCAAAAACAACAACAAAAAUCAAAUAAAACUCCUUAAACAUUAGAUCCAAAGCAGAACCUACAUCCUACGGAAUAUUCUGGAACAACGCAGAACCCUAAUGAGGAAGCAAAUGAUGAGAGGUUUUCGGCAAGAGAAUGCCAGGUGAGGCAUGACUUUUGGCGGGAAGCAAAUAGUUUGCAGGAGGGAGUUGUUCAACUUUACCAUUUUUCAUAUCUACUCUUCUUCCUUAAUGUUACAUUGUUAUGUGUUUUUUUUUAUUAUUAAUGUUAUGCUUGUCAUAGACUAACAAAUUUGAUAGUUAAAAAUGGGUCUUUUCAUUUUAUGUUUUUU